CGCUCGUUGUAAGCAUACCAGUUUACUACCGCCUGCCCAACUGAUUUCUAAAUUGAAGAAGCAGAAAUGUCGGCGAUAGUAAUGACGGUGGCGCAGGACGGCAGCGGAGAUUUCUUGACGGUGCAGGAGGCUAUAGAUGUCGUGCCCUUCGGCAACACGCGUCGCACUGUGAUUCGUGUGGCUCCCGGCAUCUACAGGCAGCCGAUUUACAUCCCCAAGACCAAAAACCUCAUAACCCUAGCCGGUCUCAGCCCUGAAGACACUGUACUCACCUGGAAUAACACCGCGACCAACAUCGAUCACCACCAGCCUUCGAGGAUAAUUGGAACUGGAACGUUUGGGUGUGCAAGCACAAUAGUCGAAGGAGAAGAUUUUAUUGCUGAGAAUAUCACUUUUGAGAACUCUGCUCCUGAGGGAUCAUUACAGGCAGCGGCAAUUAGAGUGACAGCUGAUAGAUGUGCUUUUUAUAAUUCCAGAUUUCUUGGGUGGCAGGACACUUUGUAUCUACAUUAUGGGAAGCAAUAUCUGAAAGAUUGCUACAUUGAAGGCAGUGUGGACUUUAUUUUUGGUAAUAGCACUGCGUUAUUGGAGCACUGUCAUAUCCAUUGCAAAUCGGCUGGUUUCAUUACUGCACAGAGUAGAAAAUCUUCUCAGGAGACAACUGGCUAUGUAUUCUUAAGAUGCGUGAUCACUGGUAAUGGAGGGACAUUUUACACGCAUCUUGGGCGGCCAUGGGGACCUUUUGGGAGGGUGGUUUUUGCAUACACCUAUAUGGAUUCUUGCAUUAAAGAAGUUGGUUGGCAUAAUUGGGGCAAGGCUGAAAAUGAGAGGACUGCUUGCUUUUAUGAGUAUAGGUGUUUUGGGCCUGGUAGUUGCUCUGCAAAGCGUGCAACAUGGGGAAGAGAGUUGUUGGAAGAAGAGGCCGAGGAAUUUCUGCUGCAUGGCUUCAUAGAUCCAGAUCCCGAAAGGCCUUGGUUAGCUCCGAGGAUGGGUUUGCGUAUACCGUAUUCAGCAUAAAGCCAUGCAUUGUAAGAAGGGCUACCAAGUGUUUAACCUCAUAUGAACCUAUCCAGUAACUUGUAGUUCCUGCUCCUUUAUGUCUACUCGAUGUACAUAUGUGAGCUUUUGUUUUUGUUUUGUUUAGGGGUUUUUUCUUUCUCCAAAAUUCAAUCCAAAGUGCAAUAAUAGAAUUUUGAAAUUCUGUUUUAUGUAUGUUAUGCCAAGCAUCUUAAAUUUUCUU